GGACUUGGGCGGUCCGGGAGCGCGCGUCUCCGAGGCCGCGCAGGGUCCCCCAGUCUGGUGCUCAGGUGGCUCCGCCGCCCACUUCGGCGCUCCCCUCCCCUUUCCAGCUAGGGGCGAGUUUGGCUGUUGCGCGCGGGGAAGGAGGGGCUACGAGGGAUUUGAAAGUGCACAGGCUGCGGAGUGGAGCUCGCAUCUGUUCCCGCCGCCCGCGACCGGAUUAAAUUUCUGCAAAUUCAAACUGAAUGGGGCUUUCUUCUACUGCCUUCCAGAGGGCGCUUGCAGCCCGCCGCGAGUUCCUCUCGGGCGGGAGCGUCUGCCCAGCGCACGGCUAGGAGCAAACCAGCCGGACCCGAGCCUGUGAGGGCCAGACGGCUGCUGCUAGGGCGGAGGCGGAGGCGGCGCCCGGGCUCCGGGACCCAGCCACCGACCGCACCUCUUCCCGGGCGUGCAGAUCCCUGCGAACCCGAGUAGGGGGACUGUCAUCAACCCCCUGGACGGUAUCGGGGGCGGGAUCGCGGGUCCUGAAAGGAGCCCGGGCGACCCUCGGAGGAAGAACUUCUUGGGGGCGGGUCCCGGAUCGCCCCGUCGCCUGGGCGGCCGCUAUUGUCUGCGCGCUGCUCUCGGUGGCGCUGGGGGCGUGAGCGCGGCGGCCCCAGGAGCUGGGCACCGAGACCCGGGCCGGGCGGGGCCGUGGUUGGGGUGGCGGCGGGAGGAGCUGGGGCAGCUUGGGAGCCGGAGAAGGAGGAGCUGCACGCGCGGGAGCCUAGUCCGAGCGGCGCGGGCUGCGGGCAGGCGGGAUGCCGGCGGCGGCGGGAGAUGGGCUCCUGGGCGAGCCGGCGGCGCCGGGUAGUGGCGGCGGCGCGGAGGAGGCGGCCAGGCCGGCGGCGGCCUGUGAGGGAAGUUUCCUGCCGGCCUGGGUGAGCGGCGUGCCCCGCGAGCGGCUCCGCGACUUCCAGCACCACAAACGCGUGGGCAACUACCUCAUCGGCAGCAGGAAGCUGGGCGAGGGCUCCUUCGCCAAGGUGCGCGAGGGGCUGCACGUGCUGACCGGAGAGAAGGUGGCCAUAAAAGUCAUCGAUAAGAAGAGAGCUAAAAAGGACACUUAUGUCACCAAAAAUCUGCGGCGAGAGGGGCAGAUCCAGCAGAUGAUUCGCCACCCCAACAUCACGCAGCUCCUUGAUAUCUUAGAGACAGAAAACAGCUACUACCUGGUCAUGGAGCUGUGCCCAGGAGGCAACCUGAUGCACAAGAUCUACGAGAAGAAGCGGCUGGAGGAGUCCGAGGCCCGCAGAUACAUCCGGCAGCUCAUCUCUGCAGUGGAACACCUGCACCGCGCUGGGGUGGUCCACAGAGACUUGAAGAUAGAAAAUUUGCUUCUAGAUGAAGACAAUAAUAUCAAGCUGAUUGACUUUGGCUUGAGCAACUGCGCGGGGAUCCUGGGCUACUCCGAUCCGUUCAGCACGCAGUGUGGCAGCCCCGCCUACGCCGCACCAGAACUGCUGGCCAGGAAGAAAUACGGCCCCAAAAUCGACGUCUGGUCCAUAGGUGUGAACAUGUACGCCAUGUUGACGGGGACCCUGCCUUUCACGGUGGAGCCGUUCAGCCUGAGGGCUUUGUACCAGAAGAUGGUGGACAAGGAGAUGAACCCCCUCCCCACCCAGCUCUCCACAGGAGCCAUCAAUUUCCUGCGCUCUCUCCUGGAACCAGACCCCGUGAAGAGGCCAAAUAUUCAGCAAGCACUGGCGAAUCGCUGGCUCAAUGAGAAUUACACAGGCAAAGUGCCCUGCAACGUCACCUACCCCAACAGGAUUUCUCUGGAGGACCUGAGCCCCAGCGUGGUGCUGCACAUGACGGAGAAGCUGGGCUACAAGAACAGUGACGUGAUCAACACGGUGCUGUCCAACCGUGCCUGCCACAUCCUCGCCAUCUACUUCCUCUUAAACAAGAAACUCGAGCGCUAUUUGUCAGGGAAGUCCGACGUCCAGGACAGUGUGUGCUACAAGACCCAGCUCUACCAGAUAGAGAAGUGCAGGGGCCCCAAGGAGCCGUAUGAGGCCUCCCUGGACACCUGGACAAGAGACCUUGAAUUGCAUACUGUGCAGGACAAAAAGCCCAAAGAACAAGAAAAACGAGGGGAUCUUCUUCACCGGCCAUUUGCCAAGAAGAUGGACAAGAACCCGCCCUCGUACAGACAGCCUUCCGCCUCGCUUGUCACGCAGAUCCAGAACACCAAGGCGCUGCUCAAGGACCGCAAGGCUUCCAAGUCUGGCUUCCCCGACAAAGAUUCCUUCGGCUGUCGAAACAUUUUCCGCAAAACCACUGAUUCCAAUUGUGUGGCUUCUUCCUCCAUGGAGUUCAUCCCCAUCCCACCCCCCAGAACCCCCAGGAUUUUAAAGAAGCCGGAGCCCCAUCAGCAAGGGCCUGGGAGCGCCAGCAUCCCGCCAAAGGAAGAUCCCCUGAUGCUGGACAUGGUGCGCUCCUUCGAGUCUGUGGACCAUGACGACCACAUAGAACUGCUGUCCCCUUCCCAUCACUAUAGGAUUCUGAACUCACCUGUGAGCCUGGCUCGCAGGAAUUCCAGUGAGAGGACUCUGUCCCCAGGGCUGCUGUCUGCAAGCACGUCACCUCUGCAGACUCCUUUGCAUCACACUCUGGUCUCCUUUGCUCAUGAAGAUAAGAACAGCCCACCCAAGGAGGAGGGCGUGUAUUCCCCACCUCCAGUUCCCAGCAACGGUCACACUCAGCCUCUGGGGAGCCCCAACUGUGUGAAGAGCCGGGGCAGGUUCCCCAUGAUGGGCAUUGGACAGAUGCUGAGGAAGCGGCACCAGAGCCUGCAGCCUUGUGCAGAGAGGCCCCUGGAGGCCAGCAUGCCCCCGCUGCAGCCCACAGCCCCCGCAAGUCUUUCUUUUGACAUGGCUGACGGGGUCAAGGGCCAGUGUUAACCUGGGUCCGUGAGAUUCUGAGCCUCUGCAAGGAAAGCAAUGGAACAGGGCUCCACACGUCUGCCAGGACGUGAACCAAGACCUCGCAGAAGCGUCCUCCAUGGCCUCAUCCACUCUGCCCUGCAGUAUCUCACCUGUGGAUCAGCCGAAAUCCACAGACCCAAAGCCUGCACCACCCAGCCUUGCUUAGGGACCCCCGAGGUGCGAGAAAUCACUAGGAGGGUCAGCUACAGAGGCAGCCCAUUCCAAUUCCAGUCUCAGACCCUCCUUCCUCCCGCCCACUCACCAAGCCUCCUCCGUGUACCCCUGCUGGACUCGGGGCCGAAAACCACACUCUGACCUUCUGGGCCACUCAGAUCUAUAGACUGUUACCAGAUCUUUCUUCACUCUGUGCUACAUGCAUGCCUCCCAGUGGAUUGCUCUCUGUUCAGCUGUGGGUCACAGUCUCACGGGGACCAGUAGUGUCACAAGGUCAUUCAUCCAGAACCUGUUCCUAGCAUCCAAUCCCUACAACCUAGCAGAAGCUGUGACCAGGAGCACCGGGCCCUAGGAACCCCAGAGGAAGACGGGGCAGAGCCUCAGAUUAGGAUGGAACCCAACAGUAUGAACUCUAGAAGGAAAAGACUGACAGAAACACUCAUUCCCAAGCAGAGUUUUUAGGCAGGUUUUAAUUUUAUUUGGUCAAAACUUUCUGAUGGUUGAAUGAUCUUGUCCAAAGAGAUUUUUCUUUAUAUCAUGUUGAUAAAUCAAUAUUGCAUAAUUUUUAAAAGCCCAGAUGGAGAGAUGAAAAGCAGUUCCACCAAGUUAAUGUCUUCAUGAGAGGAUUCAGCGUGGAGGGCUGGCUGGGGUGGUGUCUUUUGUGGUGUGGGACCGCGAUGGCCUGCAAGAGGGGGCAGGACCCAGCCAGCCUGUCUUCAUCCCAUUGCAUCCACAGAACCUUGAUCCUUCCGGAAGGCGUAGAACACGGUGACAGUUGGUUCUUUAGAGACAGAGAAAGGAUGUGGUGGCAGAAUUCAACAAGAAGGUACCAGUUUUUAGGUUGCCCAGAAAACUUGUGCGGGUUAGAGCUGAGCUGGUUAGCUGUGAGCCGUGAAGAGGCUUUCAGGAGCCUGCUCAGACACAGGACAGCUUCUUCCUUGAGGGAAGCAGCAUCCUUCCAACAGGGUUUCAGUUCGUGUUGUGUUUUCACACCUUUUGCCAAGGAUCAAACCAAAGACGCGUUUCCCGUCUCGUGACUGUGCCGUCCCUGUGUGUGUGCAUUUUGUGGCCCCCCCAGUGUUGUCUGACCAUGUCCAGCUGGAGCCUGACGGAGGCUGUCUCCACGUGGGAACUGGGUCCUGGCACUCGGCAGGGGACUCAGUCGUGAGCAGAAUUGCAAGGGAAAGUCAGCCCAGGCUGAAUAUCAGUUAGUUUAGGAGACAGGGUUACAGAACAGCCUAGAGUCUCUGACUUUUCGACUAGUGCGAAAAGUGACCAUCCACCACUGCUUGGCCACCUCCUGGUAGUCAUCUCAGUCCAUUGAUUCCAGUGAUUCCAAAAUAGGCCCGUCCCUUGAGAGUCGCAAAGCCAGCCUUCAUUUUCCUGCAGCUAACCCUGAACCAGAAAGUGGUGAGAUUGACCUUUACCAUUUUCUCGUUUCCUGGUGGAGACUUCCUCUGGCCCCUCAUGACUCUUACUGAGCAAGGAGAAAACAGACAUUGGCUGUUGCUGGAAGCCACUGAGAUGCCCCAGUCUGGGCAGACCUAAGCAAGACCCAGGGCUGCCUAAUCCCUCUCGAGGGGCUCCCUCCAGCUCUAGGGCAUGUUAGGAAGAGGUCAGGAUCCUGGCUGCUGGUGUUAUUCCUUUAUGUGCUUCAGACUGGGUUCCAAACUUCACAUUGAAAAUAGAACUUUAUAAGUGGAGAGAAGAAAAGAAUCAUCUGGCAGAACCUCCAGCCAUCUGACAUGAAAAGUGGACUUUCUGGUGGUGAAGGAUCCUUUUUUAAAGAUGGCUUCCAGUUGCAAGCGCUUUGCUCUGCAAGAUGGCGGACACCGACCUGUGUGUUGUGAACUUGUUGUAGCCCCUGUGUCUCUUUCUUGCAUUUUACUUUCCUCGCACAUGUGUGUGCUUUUGUGUCGUUGUUAGUGUGUGAGAAACAUGUUUCCCCUUCUUCUCACACUUCAAGAAAGGCCGCAGAUGUCUACCGCUAGCUGAAUCGCGUUGCCGCUGGUAACUUGGACUCUGAACUCAGGUUUACUCUGAACCCAGUGAGAGGAAAGGGAAUAGCUGUAUUUUUUGGUGUGUGUGUGAGCACCCGGCAAAUCUAUGAAACCAAGUGAAAGAAGAAAUGUUAAAUUCUUUAUUAUAUUAUUAUAUUUAUAUGGAAAACUUGACUAUCCCUUUGGUAAGUACAAAGUGUGUUGUCUGUUUGACCCAUGACUGUCCCCCCUCAGUCUGUGCCUGUGAUUUCAGUAGCUACUGAUGGGAAUGACUGAACUGUCAACUGGUCACAAAGUCUUGGAGGAAAAGUCCAUUGUAAUUGUAUGAUUUGGUCAUAAGUAAGUUUAUGUCACCACUGUUAAAUAUAUGUACUUUUAUAAUGACUGUGAAAUACACUUUUUCCUCACUA